AUGGUAUAUGGUCACAUUGUCCUCACAACACGCAUUUUGUUCCAGUACUUUGGAAUUCCUGCCGUCCAAGCCAAGAGGGUGCUAUACUACAAUGGGAGGCUGUACUGGGUGAACUCUUGGGAGGGUAGGAUGGCUCUCGUGCAGAACCCUCCAGUGUCAGGCAUCGCUUCUGUCAGGAUCAUCAGUGCCGAAACAUCUGAUACUGGGCUGUAUAUAUGUGAGGUCACCAACCCAAACGACUGGUCUGGCAGUGGACAAGGUCUGAUCAACCUCACUGUGCUAGUUCCUCCGUCUGUGCCAGUAUGUCAGCUGCAGGGAAACCCCUACAUGGGGAAUGAUGUGACUCUGAGUUGUCAUUCCUCUCAGGGUCUCUCCACACCGAUCUAUUCAUGGCACAGAGAGCAGAACGCAGCCCCUCUGCCGCCAUACAGUUUUAUUGAAGGUAGGAAACAAUCAUUCUGGCACCUGAAAAUAGGGCAUGGAUGA